CCAUAGAGAUAACCACUUCGAAAAGCUUCUGCUUGGCGACCAGUAUUUCUCAGGUUCAAACAGAAUAUAGUCCUAAUCAAAAAUAAACCUUCCUUUACUUUUGUACGAAAAUGGGCUUCAAAGAAGUUGCUUUCGUUGGCUGUAAUAUCUUGAUGUGGUUGCUUGGUGCAGUGUUGCUGGGAUUAGGGAUAUGGAUUGUACUUGAUCAAAAACAACUCGAGACGAACAACGAUAUACCAAUUUCCCACGUGACAAAAGCAGCCACGAUAAUCAUCAUUGUAGCUGUGUUCCUGCUUUUGAUCAGUAUCAUUGGUUGUGUUGGAUCAUCUGGCAAGACAUGGGCUCUAACAAUCUUUUGUGUGGCUAUGGUAAUCCUUCUAAUUUUGGAACUCACUGUAGCAGGUCUAGCUUGGAAGUUAGGUACCGGUGAAAAGCUCCAAAAUCUUUUCACUCAAGCUCUGGAAGAGGAAAUUCCACGUCGCAUUGUCAGUGAUUCAGCCACUAAAACUAUUGAUUUGAUUCAAAUCAACCUGGAAUGUUGUGGAGCUACUUCUUCCCUGGAUUAUGGAGAAAAACUCAGCUACUUCAUCGAAUUGCCAAAUUCAUGUCUCAAUGAAACCACGUUGCAGCCUCAUAAAACUGGUUGCGGUGAGAAGCUAGCUAAAUAUUUGUCGCAAAAAGCAGCUAUUCUUGGAGGGUUUGCAAUUUUCAUCGUUAUGGUUCAGAUUUUGGCCUUGGUUCUUUCAAUUCUGCUUAUACAGAAACAUCGUGAAGAGGUCCCACCUGUACGAGACUAUCCACAAAAUAAAUCCUCCGGCAAUAAAGAAUCCACCAAAUCAGAUUACGUAAAUGAAUAUAAAGCAUAAAGAACGAGACUUUAUCCUUGAUUUCACGAGAGCGAAUCUCUGUGUUAUCAUGUAUAUUAUAAAAUUUCACAUUACCUGACUUUAGUUUUUUUUUCGUUUUGUCUCUUAUUUUCACCUAAUUUGACUUAUAUUAUUUGAUAAUAGAAAACAUUUUGUUGGUAAAAUUACUAUAGUGUUAUGGUUAAAAGCUAUAAUAAGUUACAUGCACCAAUAUUUUAUUUUUUUUCAAAAUGAUUGCUUAAUAUUCGGAAGUCCGAAAAAUCUAGAAAUAAAGUAGUAAAAUGCAUUGAUGAACAAAAUAUGCUUACUUGUUUUUAUUGUGCUUAAAUAAAUAUGUAAGUUUAUCAAAAGCUAUUAUCAUUGUAGCUUUAGUUACAUUUGAUUUCCAUUUUAGAAACUGAAAAUUAUACUGUUUAAGAAUGUCAUGUCCGACCUAAAUAAACUAAACUUAUUAUAAUGUAGGUUAUUUGAAGGUUUAUGCGGAUUAUUGUGUAUAUAAGACUCAUUUGUUUGAAUACAUUAUUGAUUAAUCAUGUAGCAAACAAAAUUCGAUUUUCAAGUUAUUUUUUUUAUAUUUUUCGUGACCUGAGUAUCAUAUUCAAAAUAAUUAAUUGGUAAGAUCAUAGUAAUUAAUUGAAACUAUAUUUUUUCGAAGCACUUAUAGACUAUAUAAAAAUAUUCAUUGAACAGUAACUGUGCACCCAAAAUAGACCAUAAAAAUAAUGCUCACUAAAAAAAAUGUUUUAUUAAGCAAUCGUAUAUGAAGAGAUUUGUUGUAGUCAUUUAAUAACUAUUAGCGAAACAUUCAGUCUCAUUCUUUUAUGCUUAUGCUACAUCAUCGUAAAGAAAAUUAUUUGGGUAUUUUACCAUGUUUUAGGAAUAUAUUCAGAGAAUAGGAGUGAAAGCUCAAUAUCCCCUUUGUAAGAUACUCAAGAAUUUGGUAGUUAAAUGAUUACGGUGAUUUUACAUAACGUUAAUGAAGACAUAAAUGAAAAUUGUACAAAUUCUGAGCUAAAUAUACUGUCAUGGAAAUAUUUGUUAUAGAAGUUUCCUUUUGUACGUUUUUAACUAUUUUUUUUCUAUGUAAGUUUGACCAAAUUACUGUAAUUUAACUCGAAUAAUAAUAAUAACAAUAAUG